ACCGCAAACAUGGUUUGCUUGGCUUGUUUGUUGCCCCUGUUCCUCGUUCCCAUCGUCAACAUCCUCCCUCUCCUCUUCGAUUUUAUCAUGGGGAAAGUCUAUAGGCUUUUUGGCUGGGAGUAUAGGAAACCAGAGAGGGCUCCUGCAGCAUGUCCAUACAAGCCUGCAGCCAAGAGGGAUACUGCUAAAGUUGAGGCAGAUACUGAACCAGCUCAAGUAGAACCUAUUAAACCUGCAAGUGUAGAUGUCAAGCAGGAUUAACGUCCAUUGUUAUCAGUAUCAACAAUAUGUGGUUGCAAUGCUCCCAACUUUUACUAACUAGGAAAAGAUCAAAAUGACAUCAAAUACAAUGCUGUCUGUAUAAUUUAAAAUGAUGCAUGAGAACUGACUAGAAAUGUUCAAUAUGUUAUUCUGUAAUUUACAGGCGAAUAUGCUUAAAGUUAAGUCACCACGACUUCAUUUCCUAAGGUUAUUAUGUUUUAUAACGUAAA